CUGGCAUCCACCUCCGUUGAAUCCACAAUUGUUCUGUUUAGUUAGCAUUAAAUCAUCGUUUUCUUUGUGGCCCGUCUCCAUUUGCACUUUCCAAUAUCUUAAUAUCCCUCCCCCCGGGACUGCGCCCGGGCUCAACCCCCGAUAUGGGAAGCGAUACCAAAAUCGACAAGGCUGCAUUUUCCAACCGCCUAUCAACCCUCUAUUCAGCAUGGAGGGCAGACAAGCGAUCCGCCAACCCACUGUUCGGCGGUGCCACUUCCAUUGUCAUUCUGACCGGCAAAACUGAGGAUACAAAUUCGUUCCAAAAGAGUAAUGCGAUGCAUUUUUGGCUUUUAGGUUAUGAGUUCCCUUCGACGCUUUGUGUAUUCACCACAGAGGCGAUGUAUGUUGUGACUACGGCUGCGAAAGCAAAAUUCCUGGAGCCUCUUAAGGGUGGAAAAAUCCCUGUGGAGCUUUUGAUAUGCUCAAAGGAUCCUGAGACGAAAAUCAAGGCAUUUGAAAAAUGCCUAGAUGUAAUUAAAAGCUCCGGGGACAAAGUUGGCACUCUAUCUAAAGACACAUCGUCUGGUCCCUUUGCCGAUGAAUGGAAGCGCACGUUUUCCGAAACGCUUAAAACUAUCGAGGAGGUGGAUAUCGCACCAGCGCUUUCGAGCGUCUGUUUCUCUAUUAAAUCGCAGGAAGAACUGAUCCUAAUGCGGAACGCUUCACGCGCUUGCAGCGGACUUAUGUCGAAGUAUUUUGUGGAAGAGAUGUCCCAGCUUUUAGAUGAAGAGAAGAAAAUGAGCCACCAAGCAUUCGCUGCAAAGGUGGAGGCAAAAAUUGACGACUCGAAAUUCUUCACUAAGCUCGCAAAACUACCGGCCGGAUUUGAUCCUGACCAGAUUGACUGGGCGUAUGGACCGAUCAUUCAGAGCGGCGGAAAGUAUGACCUGAAGUUUUCUGCCACAAGUGACUCCAAUAACCUACAGGCUGGUAUUAUCAUUGCUACCUUUGGCAUUCGGUACCAGACAUAUGCUUCCGCAAUCGGACGUACUUUUCUUGUCGAUCCGACGAAGUCCCAAGAAAGCAGCUACGGUUUCUUACUCAGUGUCUAUGACACCGUUAUGAAAGAUAUUCGUGACGGAGCGAUAGUGAAGGAUAUUUAUAACAAAGCUCUUGGGAUGGUCAGGGCAAAAAAACCUGAUUUGGAAAAGCACUUUGUUAAAAACAUUGGUGCCGGCAUUGGUAUCGAACUACGAGACGGUAACAUGGUGCUAAAUGGCAAGAAUACCAAAACUUUGAGGAGCGGAAUGACCCUGCGUGUUUCAAUUGGUUUUACCGAUGUUGCAGAUCCCGGUGCAAAAGAACAAAAAGACCGGCUCUAUUCCAUGGUUAUCACUGAUACAGUACGUGUCGGUGAGAGCGGACCUCACAUCUUCACAAAAGAUGCCGGGAUUGACUUAGACUCGGUGUCUUUUUACUUCGGCGAUGAGGAAGAGGAGGAGGAAAGACCGAAGAAAUCCAAAAAUGAGCCUUACAAAUCAAGCGCAAUUGCAAGCAAAAACAUAACCAAAACCAAACUGCGAGCAGAACGACCUACACAAGUCAGUGAAGGUGCAGAAGCAAGGAGACGGGAACAUCAAAAGGAACUGGCUGCGAAAAAGACCAAAGAAGGCCUUGAACGGUUCGCAGGCACCACUGGUGACCAGAAUGGAGUCACGCAGAAAAACUUCAAGCGCUUUGAAUCCUACAAACGAGACAGUCAAUUGCCUACUAGAGUAAAGGAUUUGGCUAUCUACGUUGACCCUAAAGCAUCCUCAAUUAUUGUCCCUAUCAUGGGUCGGCCCGUCCCUUUUCACAUAAAUACUAUUAAAAACGCCAGCAAAAGCGAUGAAGGUGAAUAUGCCUAUCUACGCAUUAACUUCUUGUCUCCUGGCCAAGGAGUUGGCCGGAAGGAUGACCAACCCUUCGAGGAUCCAUCAGCCCACUUUCUGAGAAACUUGACCUUGAGGUCCAAAGAUAAGGAUCGACUAGGCCGAGUUGCGCAAGAUAUCACUGAGCUUAGAAAAAAUGCUUUACGAAGAGAGCAGGUGAAGAAGGAGAUGGAGGAUGUCGUUGAGCAAGAUAAGCUCGUUGAAAUCCGAAACCGCCGCCCCAUCAAAUUGCCAGAUGUCUAUCUUCGACCAGCUCUGGAUGGCAAGAGGGUUCCAGGAGAGGUUGAGAUACACCAAAACGGUCUCCGCUAUCUCUCACCCUUGCGAAGCGAGCAUGUCGAUGUCCUCUUUAGCAAUGUGAAACAUUUGUUCUUCCAACCGUGUGCACACGAAAUGAUCGUGCUUAUCCAUGUUCAUCUCAAGACCCCAAUCAUGAUUGGCAAACGCAAGACCAGAGAGGUACAAUUCUACCGUGAAGCCACGGAGAUGCAAUUCGACGAAACCGGCAACCGUCGAAGAAAGCAUCGAUAUGGUGACGAAGAAGAAUUUGAGGCUGAACAGGAAGAAAGAAGACGCAGGGCUGCCUUAGACCGAGAGUUCAAGGCUUUUGCUGAAAAAAUUUCCGAUGCUGGCAAAGACGAAGGUGUUGAUGUCGAUAUUCCUUUCAGAGAAAUCGGGUUCACCGGAGUACCCAAUAGAUCAAAUGUUUUGAUACAGCCAACAACUGAUGCUGUUGUUCAGCUAACUGAACCUCCUUUCCUGGUUGUAACCCUGAACGAAAUUGAGGUGGCACACUUGGAGCGCGUUCAGUUCGGCUUGAAAAAUUUCGAUCUUGUGUUUGUAUUCAAGGACUUCCAUCGACCUCCCGUUCAUAUCAAUACCAUCCCUGUUGAAAAUCUUGAAGGUGUCAAGGAUUGGCUUGACUCUGUCGACAUUGCUUUCACUGAAGGACCUCUCAAUCUUAACUGGAGCGCUAUCAUGAAAACCGUCACCAGUGAUCCACAUGGGUUCUUCCGUGACGGUGGCUGGUCCUUCUUGGCCACGGAGUCUGACUCUGAGGAGGAGGAGGAAGACGAGGAAUCCGCUUUCGAGAUGGACGAGUCAGAACUUGAUGAAUCCGAAGAAAGCUCUGAAGAGGAGAGUGAGUUUGAUGAUGACGCUAGUGCUUCGGCUAGCGAGGGUAUCAGCGGAGAAGAUGACGAAGAAGGCGAGGAUUGGGAUGAGUUAGAGACAAAGGCGAAGAAAAAAGACGCUGAAAGCAGAUUGGACGAUAGGGAAUCCGGAAAGAAGCGAAAACGCUGAGUUUGCUACAGCCUCCUUCGCCUCUAGCAUGUUCAUUCGCUUCUAGUAUUUUAACCUGUGCGCUGAGAGACUCGAUUUUCUCUCUCCCCCCCCGGAUACUUCUUUGUAUUCAUCCGUCCCCUUUCCCCGGUCUAAUGUUCAUAUCAAAUGUAUUUUAUCCUGGAAUCUGCGUUAUUUCCUUUUCGUCAUCCUUCGGAAUAUUCCCCGUCAAGGGUGGCCUUAUGCCUUCAUUUCUCCUCCUUGCACUGCUUUUGUCAUCGGUUUAGGAGGAAAGGAAACAGGGAAAAAAGAAAGGGAAUUUGGACUAUGUACGUACGGGAUAGUUAGCUCAUGCGCCGAAAUCUCGAUAUCGAGGUUACAUAUCCCCGAGA